GCUGACGCCAGCUCGCAGUAAUUAUGUGAUGUCGACUUGCAUUACUAUUACUAUGUGAGAUUCUGCAGAAAAACUACGGGUUGUAACCACACAGUCCCAGAUCUUGACGUUAGCAUCGGCAUCGGCAUCGGCUCACGACGGCAACGCGGUAGAUUGGCAAAGACAUUCAACCUUCUAAUUCGAAAAAGCCUGCUAUAAAGCGUAACAGCAACCAGCACGUCUCAGGCCCUUCAUCACAACUCCCUUCGCCAAUCCCGCUCCGCGUGCAAAAGCUCUUGACUCAAGUACCAUCAUAAUGGGCGACUACACCGGCACCGAAGGCAUCGACUUCGCCGCGCACCCCACGGCCCAACAACUCCUGUCCCGAAUCCAGGACUUCUUCGACGAAGUCGAAAACCUCACCCCAGGCCACGCCCUCGAAGCACACCUGAACAAGUCCUACGGCCCCGGGAACCCCAUCUACGACGACCUCUGCGCGCUGACGCGCAAGGGCCUGGAGGAGGGCUGGGUCGCGAACAUUGAGAUCAAUGGCCCCAACUACCGCCGCUCCAAGAUCGCCCUCCCUUCCUCCUCUACACGGUACAUGAGCAUUACAACUGUGUACAUGAACAGCAACACCGUCUUUAAAGGCCAGUACCAUAGCCAUCCCUACGGCGAGAUAAACUGCGUCGUGCAGCUGGACCCCGGCGCCGAGCUCAUGGGGAUGCAGGGCUGGCAGGGUGCAGGGUGGACGAGUCCCGGGCCGGGGACGCAUCAUUACCCCGAAGUCCGCGGCGGCGCGCUGAUCGCGCUGUUCUUUCUGCCCGCGGGGAGAAUCAGCUACGGCGCAAAGCCCGGGGACCCACAGCCUCACUGCGUGUAGUAGCAGGCGCUCACGGAACAGUACUCGAAUGCAAGUCGUCAUGAGGCUAAAAAUGUCGUUGAAGGUGGUAUCUUUGGGUAAUGUACAGUCAUGGUCAUCAAAUGAAAAUCAGCCGCUGUUCCCAGUCGCCCACCGAAGCGCCAACCAUAUGCCCAGAACUCCAGCUUCGACGGUCCAAAGCGCGCGGAAGCAAAUGCCAGCAAGGUUAUCCGCACAUUGCUCCCCCAGAUGACCCACAUCC